AUAUUGUUUAUUGCGAUCACAUUCGUAGCUACAUAACAAAUAGCAACAAAAGUAAUAACUAUUAAUUAUUCCAUAUCAACACAAUCAUUUUGGUUUUCUAGAAUAGAACAUCGUUGUUCAAACAUUUCUUGUACCUUAUUUCUUUUAAUCUGCAAUGGCUGAUCUUAAGGAUAAAACAAUUUUAGUCACUGGUUGUGGUCAUGGCAUCGGUAAUGAAUUAUGCAAACACCUAUCAAAGCUUGGAGUAAAGGUUAUCGCAGUAUCAAAAUCUUUGGAAGCAUUGAAAGCGUUGCAAACUGAGUUUCCCAAAAUCGAUAUUAUUCAAGUGGAUCUAAAGAAUUGGAAUGAAACAAAGAAAUCUCUUGCUUCUGUGCCUCCAUUAGAUGGCCUAGUAAAUAAUGCCGGAGUUGCAGUCAUCAAACCAUUCACCGAGUUAACAGAAGAAGAUUUUGACUGUACAUUUAAUGUAAACAUCAAAGCAAUAUUUUGUGUUACACAAGCUGUCGCUGAAAAACUCAAAUACGGUUCGAGUAUUGUUAAUGUUUCAUCAUUGGCUUCGUCAAGAGCAUUUGCAGGUCAUGCGGCUUAUGGAGCCUCAAAGGCUGCAGUUGAUUCCCUUACCAAAGCUUUAGCCCUUGAAUUCGGCCCCAGGAAGAUUCGAGUCAACUCUGUCAAUCCGACAGUCAUUUUAACUAAAAUGGGAAUCGAGAACUGGUCAGAUCCAAGAAAGUCAGGACCAUUGAUAAAUCACAUUCCACUUACCCGCUUGGGAGAAGUCAGUGACGCAAUCGACUCCAUUGUUUACCUACUUGGUUCUCAAUCAAGUUUCGUUAAUGGACAUCAUCUAUUGCUAGAAGGAGGCUACUCUGUAUCAUAGUAGACUCAAUAAAGAUACAAAAAACACAUUUCCAUUCAA